CGUGUCAAAUUAUUCGCCUUCAAGGCCACCUGGAAUCUAUCGCACCCCUGACGCCUGUCAUCCGGGCCCGACUCUGUGUCACGCUCAUUCCGGAGAGGGCGAUAAUAAACCUGACUACAAGUGACAAUAUGCACCUCCGAAACGUCGAUGGGCUCAUGAUCGUUUAGGAGAAUUGGCUGUUCCGAAGAUGCUACCCUGAGGUCGUAGGUCGCAGAGACCUACAUAUAUCAUAUCAGCCGGCGACAGUUACUUUGAGAGAAUUCAAAGACACACUCGUUAGGCACUUCCACAUCAAGCGCACUUAAUUCAAUCUCGUUCAACAUGCGCUCCGCUUUCACACUACUCCCGCUACUCGCUUUUGCGGCAAACAUUAUCGCAGCCCCGACGCCACUGCGUCAAGUUGCUAGAGCAGUUCCAGACAUCAAGUCUGUGAUCCGCAAUCCAGCACCCAUCGACGAAACGCUCCUGGUCUCGUUAAAUGGCCACCCAAUUGUUGACGUGGAUCUUUCGAGCGUUCCGAAUCCGAAAGACGUUCUCAUCGGCAGAGCUGCUCCCGCCAUCGACAGAACGAUUGUGAACCCUAUCGACGUUGUUGGAAGGUCUGCUCCCGCCAUUGACAGAACGAUUGUGAACCCUAUCGACGUUGUUGGAAGGUCUGCUCCCUCCAUUGACAGAACGAUUGUGAAUCCUAUCGACGUUGUUGGAAGGGCUGCUCCCGCCAUCGACAUAACGGUUCUAGAUCCCGUCGAUAUCGUCAAUUGAGCUCAUCCCUAAUCGCGAAGAUGAUGGGGCACAAAGCCACCGAGAGUUACUUGAUGCGCGGACUGGCCGAUUGGAUUUCAUCAUAGCAACGUAGCAAAAUACACAAAAUGUCAUCUUUCAUCUCUUCGCGAUAUGCUAUGUAUGCUGUU